AUGCUCAUCGUGGUGUCCGUUCUGUGCUAUGCUCUCUGGGCUGUCUUUGCCCGUCAUGUUCUGGUAGAACUAUAUCUUUCAUUCAUGUGGACCUAUGGUGGCGGUUUCGCUGGAGGCGCUUCGUCGUCGUACAAUGGAAGCAAUAUCGUUUCCCAGAGUGUUACCAAAGGAACUCCCAUCAUCUACGUGAACUACAAUUAUCGGCUAGGGCCGUUAGGUUUUCCCCAAGGACAGGAAGCCGAGAGCAGAGGACAGCUCAACCUCGGACUCAGAGAUCAGUUAACUGCCUUGGAAUGGGUUCAGCAGAAUAUUGGCUUGUUUGGUGGUGAUAAAACCAAGGUGGUGAAUUCGUUAUGUAACAAUUUUCGGAGAAAGUGCUGGAUCUAUGAUGACGAAUUUGAUGCUUCUAAACUCGUCGAUUUCCAACUUUGCCUGGGCUGCGCGUCCUCCCCUGUCAUCUAUAAUGCAUCUGCACGAGAAUCUACCUGGCAAGAUUUUGUUGCAGGGACAACAGGCUGCAAGUCCGUCGCCGGCACGCAGAACAAUUUCGGCUGCCUGCAGGCGGUGAAUUCGUCCGCUAUAUAUCAAGGAAUCGUGGAGGCCUAUGCGUUAGCUAUCGAAGAUUUCCCUUUUUAUCCUGUGCUGGACGGUACUUCGGGUGUUCUUCCCGAUCUGCCUACGCAGCUCUGGGCGAAGGGCAAGUUUGCCACGAUUCCUUUCAUCUCAGGCACGAACUUGGACGAAGGGACUGGUCAACAGACAAAUCGCAGCUUCACCGAUGGGGACAUCAAGGAUUACAUACAGACCACCUAUUCAGCUUUCCCACCUUACAUCCCUGAUGCUAUCCUGGACCGCUUUCUCGAACUGUACCCUAACGAUCCAUCCUUGGGUUCGCCGUAUGGCACCGGAAAUGAAAGUUUUGGGUUACCCGUAGGCUAUAAGAGAUUGGCAUCUAUGAUGGGAGACUUAACCUUUGAUGCUCAACGUCGAACAUGGAUACAGGCUGCUGUGCGAGCAGGCGUGAAAUCGUACGUGACUCAUUCAGCGGAACUAGAGUUUAUCUACGGAGAACUGGAUUCCUCCACUGAGCCGGCUUCGUCGAUCUUGCUGGGUGAAAUGAUGGUCGACUACUGGGUUUAA